CUGCAAGGCCCGCUCCAGGUGCGCCACCUUUGACUGGCAUGCUGAAAGGACAAAGGGACGGAGGCAUUUUACCGGAGAGGACAUCCAUGGGGCCCAGCAGGUCAAAUUCCUUUCUCUAAGUAUGGGAGACAUUUUAAAAAAUAAUGGAGUCCUCCAGGGCCGGCUGCGUGCUGUGGCCUGUGCUCCUGACCGCUUUGGACCCAGGCUGCCCUGUCUCCACCACGACCAGGGACUCACAGAGCUCGCCUGGGGGACCUGGCCCCACAGUCACCCCGUCCAUCAUCAGCCUGAAAUGCCAUCAGCCUGUGAAUGCUGCUCCAUCGUCUGCAUGGCAGCGAAGGAGGUCUCUGCUCCUAAAGCACCUGGGAGCCCUUGGAUGGUGCCAGGUGAUGUGGCGAUGAGUGGGCACCGCGUGGGGGCCUUGGACGAGCGUGGACACCCCAAUCCCCAGACUGGCCAUUGCCGUGGAGGCAGCGUGAGGGUGACAUGGAGCUCGGUGUCGUGCUGCAGAGGACGCCUCGCGGCUGUACGUGUCAUGAUAGCCAGGGACCCCUCCACAUGUCACUUAGCCAAAGGAUGCAGCCCGGCCUGGGGCUUUCUACCCCAGGCCCGAGGACCUGCAGGGACAAGGCCCCCUCAGCACAGAUGCAGCUCUCAUGAGGCCUGAAACCAAGCUGGACUUGCAGAACCGCGCACGCUCCCUUUCUGAAAGAAACACCCGUUACCGGGUCCAGACUCAAUGCGGGCGUAAGAAAGCGGGAGGGGUCCCCCACAGCAAGAGAGAGACCCUCCCAGUCACUUGGUCAUCUGAGCCUUGAGUGUGUCCGGCCCCAGCCACCAGCCUGUCCCCACUAUCCCUCUUGUCAGCGCGGCUGAAAGGAGCUGCCUGGGCACCUGAGGUGGCUGAGGCUCAUCUUUGAGGAGCAUGGAA